UAAAUAAAAAACAACGUCAAUAAAAUUGCUCACCCUCUUUCCCAAUCCCUCUUGAGAAACGUUUCAGGUAAAUAAGAAGACUUUGUGUUUAAGUGGUGCUACGCACCAUUUUCCUUUAUGGUAGAUUAGCCGUAAAGUACUGUUAGUGUUUAAACACAGCCAGUCAUAGUGUGAAACAUGGCGAUUAUCUGUAAAUCAAAUUGCAAGCUGAAUAUAAAAGGGAACAGAGGAGCUCAUUGAUGUCUCUGAGUUGUUGGCUACAAUCUACCCUAAUUCUUGAAAUGUAACAUGGUAUCAGAGCGGCCGAUCUAGGUCGUCUUCCACAACACGAUGUCCGGGCAAAUUGAAUUCACCGAAGAUAGCCAAAAUGUCGGUGGCAGAUCUCAGAAUGCCAGUGGCAUUUCCAACAACGGAAAAUUUCAGUUUAGAUCUUUUGGAGCAUAUCAAAAUGGCAUCGUCGUCUUUGGUAACCCUCUCUACUUGAACCCAAAUGAGAGUUUUUCACAACUGAUCGUCUCUGAGUCACUUGAUGGGAGCAAUUACUCCAUGUGGGAGUAGAUCCAUAAAGAAGGCUCUAAAAAUGAAACACAAACUGGGUUUCGUCGAUGGAUCUAUGGUGAUUUCUGCCAGAAACAAUCUGAGCUUUCCUUUGUGGGAUAGUUGCAACAUAGCUGUUGUCACCUGGAUUUUGAAUUCACUACAGAAAGAUAUUAAGAGAUCUGUCAUGAGUCAUGAAAAUGAGAAGUCUUUGUGGGUUGAACUCCGGGGUAGGUUUGGUCAGUUCAAUGCUAAUAGAUUAACGAACCUAGAGUAUGAAAUUCAUAGAUGCAAGCAAGGAACCAUGUCAAUUACCCAGUAUUAUACUCUGAUCAAAGGUUUAUGGGAUGAUUAUACAGAAUACAACCCAAUUGUGGAAUGAAACUAUAUUCCAGGGAAUCGAAACCAUUUUACUGCAGUGGUGGCUUACAAUCAGAAGCAAGACACGAACUACCUGAUUAGAUUCCUUAGGGGGUUGAAUCUGGAUUUUGAGGGAGUUAAGAAACAGCUGUUGAUGUUGAAGCCACUGCCUAAUGUUGCUGAUGCAGUGACCGAUCUCCUUCAACACGAGCAAUAAUUGAAAGCCAACCAAUCAGGUGGUACAAAGAAGUCUUAGUCAGUUGCUCUAGCAGUACAAACAGACACCAACAAAAACACUGAUGACAAGGGUCAAGGGAAGAAAUAUUGCAAGUUCUCUAAGAAUACCAAUCACAACAUAAAGGAGUGUUGAACUCGCAAGAGGAAGAAUAGAGAGCGGGAGCAAAGAGGUAGCUCUCAUAUUGCAUCUCGGAAGUUUGUGGGAUCAGUUUCACAAGGCAAUUCAAAUGGAAGUGAAACCACUUCAGAGGUUAGUUACCACAAUGAAGGUAGUAUGGUAAAACACUCUUCCCCUAGCUUUAUUGCAGAAGAAAUGAACAAGCUGAGGUACUUGCUGCAUUGUGGUCCUAACAACCUAGCUCUUAUUGCUCAUUCUCCCUCACCAUCACCACCAACCUCGCCCCUAUUCACCACCAAGCCUAUUUUGUUUCCCAAUAUUUGCCUCCCUUUCCUAAUUAUUCAGGUAAAUAUGUGCUAUCCUCAACUGUAGUACAUAAAAAUUCCAAACCUAAUAGUUUAUGGAUACUAGAUACUGGGGUAUCAGACCAUAUUGCUUGUUCCUUAGAUUUGUUCACUGAACAUAAGCAAGUACAGGAAAUUUUUGUGCAUCUUCCAAACUGUUCUAAGGUUGUGGUGAAUCAUGUAGGCACUGUGAGAUUACCUUUUGGUUUAUACCUCUACAAUGUCCAACUUGUUCCCAGUUUCUCAUUCAACCUAGUUUCAGUGAGUAGACUUACACAUAACUUUCCCAUAUCCUUACAAUUUCACUCUGAUAUUUCCCACAUUCAGGACCUUCUAAACAAGAGGAUGAUUGGUUUAGCUAAAGAAACUAGAGGCCUCUACCAGCUUACCUUUUCCCACCAGAAAAAUGACCAACCUACUUCACACCAAAGCCAAGUUGCCAGUGUUUUCAAUUUUAACCCUCAAUAAGUAGAUUUGUGGCAUUGGAGAUCAUGACACCCCAGCAAUGAUAGGCUUAGUUUGUUACAGCAUAUUGACUCUUUUGUAAUUCAUUCUAAGAUCGAUCAUUGUAUUAUUUUUCAUUUCUCCAAACACAAAAGACUGCCUUUUCCCAUUAGCACAAAUAAUGCAGUUAAACCUUUCAGUUUGUUCAUGUCGACAUUUGGGGACCCUUGUAUGUAAUGUCUUAUGAUGGUUACAGUUACUUCCUUACAAUUGUUGAUGAUUGUUCAAGGGCUGUCUGGGUGUAUCUGAUGCAUGGCAAGAAUGAAGUUAGGGAUCUUUAAAAGGGAUUUUAUUUGCUGGUUAAAAAUCAGUUUGCUAGCUAAGUGCAAACAAUUAGAAGUUAUCAGGGCAAAGAAUUUGACAUGUGUGACUAUUUCAUGAGUGAAGGAAUUGAGCAUCAGAUGUCUCGUGUCUACAGCUGAACAGAAUGCCAGAGUGGAAAGAAAACACCAUCAUAUAUUAAUGUUGCUAGAUCCUUAAGGUUCCAAUCUGGUAUUCCUUUAAAGUUUUGGAGUGACUGUAUUCUACAUUCUGUUUACCUAUUUAACCGAAUGCCUACUCCAAUACUUAAUAACCUAUCUCCUUUUGAAGUCCUCUACAAGAAACCGCCAUUACUUGGGAAUCUUAGAGUAUUUGGUAGCCUAGUCUAUCCUGGAACUCCCACCUCAGCCGGGACUAAAUUUUCCCCCAGGUCCAGACAAUGUUUCAUGCUAGGCAUUCCUCUUGGGAUCAAGGUUAUAAGUUACUAGAUAUUUACACCAAUCAAGUUCUGAUUUCCAAUGAUGUUUUCUAUGAGUCCAUAUUGCCUUUUAUAACUGAAAACAUUCAACCUUCCUCCCCUCUUAUGUCUAAACCCACUUGUUCUCCUAUUGAGUCUCAUAUUGCUCCUGAUCUGGUCAUUCCCAGUACUUCAACUCCAGUCCCUCAGCCUCCCUUGUCUCCUGACCCAAUCUUAGCUGAUGAGGGGGAUGUCGUGGAUGAUUUUUCCUCGCCUGAAGAAGUAACUCAUUUUGAACCAGAGCUAGAACCUCAACAGGAGUAUGAACCACCAUUAAGGCCUAAGAGGAACUAUCAACUGCCUAGCAAGUAUAAUGAUUGUGAUCUUGAUUCGAGCCUAAUUGUACACUUUUACCCCCAUUUCGCUUUGAUGUUUUUUGCAAUUGAACUCCGAAACGGAUGGUUUUACGCGAUGUUUCUUGUGUUUCAGUGUAUUUCAGAUCCUAACAGGUGAAACCAACCCCGGAGUCGAAAUUUGGAAGGGAAUGAGCAAAGAUCGGGCAAAGAGGAGCAAACAGGAGUUCACGGUCUUACAAGACCGUGAACUGGAGUCAUAAUCCUUAAGCAAAGGAGCGUCCAGAGAGGGUUUUGAGGUUACUGACGCCAGGGUUGUUCAUGAUUGCUAAGACCAUGAACAUAAGCCAUAGACCGUGAACCCAGGGAUGUGAAGUAGUGCAUUUUGGUUCAGACACCGAGUUCACGGACGCGUUUCGAUGUUCACGGCUGUGAACUUAGGCCAUGAACUGGGCUCGAUCUCGGUUUAAAAUAGCCAGCUGAAAGGAAGAAAGGGGAGAGACCUAGUGUGAGAAACUUCUUCUUCGGAUUUUAGAGUGAGAAAGUGACGAACAAAAGAAGAGGAGAAGCUCGGGUAUCAUCUCCAAGCAAGGAUUUGGGAAUUCCUCCCCCAAAGGAGGAUAUCUUCAACACAAGGAGCAAGACUUUCAUCUUCUUGAUGGUUUUCCUUUCCCUCUCUUGUGUUUUCCCUUCUCCUAACAUGGAGUAGUCCCUUCUUUCACUUGGGUGUUUGUGAACUCUAGCUACAAUUACGUGAAUGCUUGUAAGAAUUGAACUAUUUGUGUGUGGUUGUGUUUUAAUAUGAAUGUGAAGGUAUUUUUAACGAUGAUGGUGUGUGCUUUUUUGACCUAGUUUAGAGAGGAGACCUCCUUAGGUUAAGAGGCUCAAUUAGAGAUGGGUGUUCUUGGGCAUUGCAUGCCUCCUAGGCUAGUUUAGAGAGGAAACCUCAUUUAUCCAAAGAGGCUCAAUUUGAGUUGGGUUUCCUUGGGCAUUCAAAGCCUCCUAGACUAGUUUAGAGAGAACCCUCCUCAACCUAAGAGGCUUUAUUAGAGAUGGGUUUCCUUGGGCACUUCAUGCCUCAUAUUCUAGGUUAAUUAAGGGCAAACCUCCCGAUUUGUAUUAGCACUUAGGGUUUGGUUGUGGGUGGCCGACCGAACUCCAAUUCGAGGGUGAAGUCUAAUCAUUCCUUAGUCGAUAGGUUGAGAGGGUCGCAUUAGCAGCUUGGAUCACAUCCCAUUUCCUCAACCUAGAGACUAAGAGGGUAGCCUCAGUUGCUUGUUAGACUUCCCUACGAUUUAUAACCCCCUAACCACACACGGUCGUUCGAUUCUUCAAGUCGUAAUUGUUAGCUAGGGGGAGCAACAACCGGUGAAGCUUUCUCAAUUAAUAUCAAAUCCAUUUUACCUUUGCAAAGUACUAUAGUUUUAGACCUUUGUUUUCACCAAAAACUAAUCCGCUAGAUAAUGUUUCAAACAGUCGAAGUAGCGGUACAUGGGCCGGUCCAGGUCGAUAUUUAAACAUACUUGCCCUAUAUUGCACCCACUAAGGUUUAUACCAAGAUUUGUGAAAUCGUACCGGAUUCAUUUCUGGUAAGGAAUUUUGUGGUACGACCGUGGUUCAACCGUUUUGUACCGUAAAAUACCAUUUUUUAAAUAAUAAAUUAUUUUUUUUGUCAAAAAAUCAUACCGACAAAAAUAGGCUACCGUACCAACUAAUACCGGAAUGAUAUAGGAAAAUACCGGAUAAUAACGUACCUCAAACAAAAAAAUAAUUGAAUUUUCACCUGGUAAAUGAUUAAUUCAUGCCGAACCAGUAGUUCAUAUUGCUUGUAAAGUAAAUUGGGCUUAGUGAUCUGAAGGCUUGUUUUCUAUUCGUUUUCGGCUUCUUAAUCUUUAAGCCCACUAUCUUGAGCAGGGCUGCAAGUUUGGUACCGGUAUUUGGGAUAUACAAAAUACCGUACCGAAUUUGUCUAUAUUUGGUAUUACCGAAUACACGUAUUAUUUCUUGAGAUUGGGAUUGGGAUUGAAUUUCAACUGUUAUUCGGUAUUAUGGAUUACAGGAUUGGGAUCGGGAUAUACCGAAAUACCGAUCAAUACCGAAAUAUAAGCUAGUUUGUAUU